AUGCCUAUCCAUGAGGAUGUUAUAGGUGAGGCCGCCGCCGAAGCCGAUGAAUUCAAUGAAGUGACAAGCAGUGAUGAUGAUUUACUAGCACCCAGUUUGCCUAGUAAAGUAGUCGCUUUCCCCAUUGGUACAAACAUUAAUUUGGUGAAUGAAGAGGGAGAUGAAUCUAGGCUACGUAUUGCUGGCAAAACAGAAACCGAGGAAGAGAAAGAUCUACUAGCAACUCUCGCUUCUAGCUCGAUGCGCGUUUCAAUAGUCAGUCUACUUCCAGAUCAAUUGGUUGAAUUGCAAACGGCUGCUCAGGGUCUCGUAGAUCAGCUAGACAAGCGAAUGCCUGAAAUCGACACCUUAGUGAGUCAUUUGCUUGAACAAGUGCGCCUAUAUCAGAUGGGGGAUGGCGGCGAUGACCACCCGAAAAUUAGUCUUGCAGCUGGCGUGACCUUAGAAGAGUCAGACCUGACGAAGGGAGCUUUAGUCGCUUUGCAUGAGGCUCGUGGCCUGCAAACCGUUUGGAUGCAGCUUCGCGGUUUACUUUCACAACGAGUCACCAGCCUCACCUCUGCCAUCGAUGCUGUCUCACGAAAUUUCUGGCCCUUGAUUUCGCAGCUUCAAUCC